CUUCACUCCUGUCUGGAUGUUGCUGUGCAUCGAUUGUCCAUCUGCUGAUGCUAACUCGCCGCCUUAUCCAUCUCCAGCUUUGCAACACCAUGGACAGUGGCUCCUCUGACCUUGCAUCAUGGAUACAUACACCUUCGCAACCUCUCGCCAGAUAGACUUCCCUGUCUGUGUCAGAAUCAAUACGUUGGAGGGCAAACAGCAUUCCUUUCCGUAUACUGUCCUUCUGAAACACCCAGAAAUACGCCACGUUGGAUCGGUCCAGAACCCGAAUUCAGAGCUGUAUGUGACUGCUCAGCUAUGGGCCGAAUCCAAGCCGCUGGGUGUCUCUAUGCAAACGCCACAUACGUUCUUCAAAAAUAACAGGACCUGGAACAAAUGGCUAGAAUUACCCGUUCUAGUCAAGGACUGCCCCAUUUCCUCACAGAUUGCUAUCACCAUAUGGGACAUCACGCCCUGUCCAGAGAACGGUAGCAUUGACCACGCUGUGCCAUUCGGCGGCACAACCAUUCCAUUGUUUGAUGGAGAUGGUACUUUGAGGAAAGGUCGCCAGAAGUGCAAAGUCUAUCGUCGACGAUCCGCCGAUGGUCAGUCGCCAUCUCGGACUCCUCACAUUCCCCGCCCAAAGCGUCGGAAGCCGAAUGAGCAGCCACCUCCGCCUCUUCCAGAGGAGGAGGAGCUAGAAAGGCUGGAGCAACUCUUCAAAAAGCAUGAAAUGAACGAGAUUCCUCAGAAUGACUGGCUAGAUCAACUGGUCUUUCAAAAUGUUGGCAAGAAAGCCCGCGAAGUUGAAGAAGCAGCACGAAAACGCUCCUCAGUCAAUAAGCCUUCAAAGCGCAAGUCAGGCCAGUUGACAUCUAAGGGGAUGAAUGAUACUGCGAACGGACACGCCGAGCUUGACGCUGAUGAUGACUCUGACGACGACACGGAUGAUGAAGAACGCUUCACUCUUUAUGUCGAUUUUCCCCGGUGGGAUUUCCCCGUCAUCUUUGAAGAUUUCGGAUAUGAACCAUCGAAGAUGAUGAAGGAGUUUCAAAGUACUCCGUCGGCUUCAGCAGUGGGAGCGAAACCGCCGCCAGAAGUCCGAUAUGGACCAGGUAUCGCUCCAGGCACAUCCGUCGUUGAUGACGAGGAAUAUCCGGUGGUCCAAAUAUUUGACCCCGAGCAGUUUCAACGGGAGAAUCCCUGUGAGAGCAAACACCGUCGCCUGGUCCGAAGCGACAGGAAUGCAUUUUCCGACAGUGAUCAAAAGCCGAAUGCCAAAAUGAGGGACGAACUCAAUGAGAUUCUGUCAUUUGGACCGACCCAAGAGCUGAGUGCGCAAGACAAAGAUGUCAUCUGGACAUUCCGACGGCACUUAAGUCGUGAUAAACGAGCUCUGACCAAGGUUGUCAAAGCGACCGAUUUCACCAAUCCAAACGAGGUUCGCCAACUUGUUGAAUUGAUCCCUAGGUGGGCUAAGAUCGAUGUCGAUGCAGCUCUCGAAUUACUUGGUCCGACUUACGAUAACCCCGUUGUCCGGGCCUACGCCGUUGACCGACUUCGGCAAGCUGGGGACGCCGAAUUGCAGUUAUACCUUCUUCAACUCGUCCAAGCGCUGAAAUUCGAGAAGUAUGAGAGUACCGAAGAAGGGCUUCCUGCCUCGUCGCUGGCCAAAUUCCUCAUUGAUCGUGCUGCCAAUAAUUUUAUGCUCGGUAAUUACCUGCACUGGUUCCUUAUGGUCGAAUGCGUUGAUCAGGGCAGCGACACCAGCGCCGCAAAUCGAGCGGUAUUUGCAAGAGUGGAGUAUUACUUUAUGGUGGAAUUGGAAAAGCGUGAUCCGAGUCUGCGCAAGACAUUGUUGAGACAAGGCGAAUUGAUCACGAUCCUGUCGAGCAUCAGUAAGGAAAUCCGUUUCAGCAGGACCAAUCGCCUACAAAAAAUCGAGUUGCUUAAGAAGACUCUGGCUGAUCCCAAGAACGAACUUGUCAAAAUUGAGCCGCCUAUUCCACUGGCGCUUGACCCUGAAGUCCAAGUGUGUGGAAUCUAUCCUGAAGAAGCCAAUGUCUUCAAGUCCUCACUGUCACCACUGUACCUCAACUUCAAAGUCGCAAGCGCCGCUGAAAGUUCGAGCGCAUCGACACAGCGAACGCAAACACACGGCAAAUAUCCCAUCAUUUUUAAGACAGGCGAUGAUUUGCGGCAAGAUCAACUCGUCAUUCAGAUCAUUACACUGAUGAACAAUCUGCUGCUCAAGGAGAACCUGGACCUGAAAUUGACUCCAUACCGCAUUCUCGCCACCUCGCCAUCGGCUGGUGCUGUCCAAUUCAUUCCGUCCACUGCGCUCUCUGUCAUCUCGGCGAAAUACAAGGGGUCGGUACUGGCCUAUCUGCGCGCCAACAACCCCGACGCUUCUGGACCUCUUGGCGUCCGCAAGGAGACAAUGGAUACCUACAUAAGAUCGUGUGCCGGGUACUGUGUAAUCACGUACAUCCUGGGGGUCGGCGACCGCCACCUCGACAAUCUCUUGCUUCAGCCCUCGGGCCACUUCUUCCACAUCGACUUCGGCUUCAUUCUCGGACGGGAUCCGAAGCCUUUUGCACCACUCAUCAAGCUGUGCAAAGAAAUGGUAGAGGGUCUGGGUGGCACCACCUCACCACAGUACGCGCAGUUCAAACAAUUCUGCUUCACGGCGUAUACGACCCUACGCAAGUCGAGCUCCUUGGUGUUGAACCUGUUCAGUCUGAUGGUCCAGAGCUCCGUCACGGACAUUAGGCUGAUGGAAGAACAGAUGGGAGGCAUGGGCGGCGCCGUGGGCAAAGUGAGGGAAAGAUUCAAUCUUGACGUCAGCGAAGAAGAGGCAGUAAGGGCAUUGGAUCAGGUGCUGGCAGACAGUGUCAAUGCUGUUUUUGGAGUGGUCAUUGAUAGACUCCAUGAAUUUGUGCAGGGCUGGCGGGCUUGAUUUGAGCUCUCUGUUGCUUGCCCAGUUUGAGAUUCCAUCUCGGGCUUGAGUCCGUCAGUAAACUAAAGUCACUGCCUGAAUGCAAACCUUGAUACAUCCCCUAGGAGUUAUCCUGGGUGCUCUAUAUCCACCCGAAUGC